AAUUCAAAUUCCCAAAUUUGGCCCUGAAAUUUUAAUAAAACCCUAGAUAACCAUUGCCGGGCGGAGAUACAAACCCUAGGUUUUUGCCAUUUCUCUCUCUGGACAAAAUUGAGAUAAUUGUUUCUGAAAAUGCAAAGAAAAAAGGAAACACCAGUGAAGAAAGGAUCAAAUUAGGGCUUAAAAUCCAACGGAAUUGCUUUGCCCCAAAGGAUUUCUGCCCAAAUCAAAACCCUUGCUGAGUUCGAUCUCCACUGCGUGGGUGGGCGCCUUGAUUUAAGUACAGAUCUAUGGCAGAUGAGAAUCUGUGAAUUGUGUGUGGGGGUGAUUGAAUUGAAGGAUUGUUGAUGGAAGAUAGCAGUAAGAAGUCUGGUGGUGCUAGAAAUCCCAAGAGAAAUCGAUCUCUGGAUCUCAACAGCCUUUACAAACCUAGGGUUUCUAAAGGUGAAGAGGAGGCUAAGGGGGGAAAGGUUUCCCAGGAAAAUGAUCAGCAAAACUCAGGGAAGAAGAAAAGGAGAAACAAGAAGGAGGUUGCUUUGAGUCUGCUUGAGCCUGAUGCUAAGAGAACUAAGAAGGAAGAUGUAAAUGAGGUGGAUUCAGAGCUAGAGUCUAGCCGAAAAUCGAGUGGUGGGAGUGAAGGGUUGCAUGGAAUUUCACUUUCUCUUGGCGAAAAUAGUAAUGCUUUUAAUUUCCCUAAGCGUCCACGUGGUGCCGUGGGGAAGAAAAAGUUGGAAACUGAUCAAGUUUCCAAUUUGUUGGAACUUCCCAAACCGGGGGAGCACGAGGACGCAUUUAAUGCCAAAUUUAAGGAUGAGGAUGGUACCAGUGGCGAACCGGUCGGAUUGGAUUCCUUUUCCCCAGGCAAUGAUGAAUUACCAAAAUCUGAAUCUGUGGGGAAAGCCGUUGGAUCAAAUAACAAGUCAGGAGUAAAGGUUGGUAAGUUAAAGCCAAAAUCCAGAUCCGUGGAGAAGGCCGCUGCUACAAAAUCCAAAGGUCUGGGAAAGAUCGGCCCGAAACCCCGGGGGAAAGUUGCCAGCUCAGACGCAGAAUUAAAGCAGAAGGAAGGUUCGGAAUCUGACCAAAAAGGCAUUAGCUCAAAUGUAGAACUGAAAUUAAACACCGAUACGCAACCCACUGGCAAGGUUGUAAAGUCAAAAGUAAAACCGAAGCGCAAGGUAGUGACUGAUGAACUUAAAGAAAGUGGGAAUGGUGAGUCUGAGUCUGCCCGUGCUGCUGCGAAAGAAGAUUCAGUAGCUGUAAAUACUGGAGAUGCAUCUUCAAAGAAGCGACGGACCAACAAUAAGAAGAAAAAGGACUCUGUCGGUCCAGAUGGAGGGGAGACCUCAAAGAACAGACCUGAGCUUUCUGUUGGCACUGCUGUGUCAGAUAAGAUUGUUGCUGAUUUUGAUGAAGCUGGUGCUGAGGAGGAAAGCCUUCAGAAAAAUUCUGGGAAAGACAGUGUUGUAGCUGUAAGUCGUGGAGAUGCAUCUUCUAAGAUGCGGCGGGGAGGCAGUAGGAAGAAAAAGGGCUUAGCGGAUGUCAAAGAUGGAGGGAAAGCCUCAAAGGAGAAGCCUGAUCAUUCGGUGGGUAUUUUGGUUUCUGAUAAGAUUACUUCUGGUUUUAAUGAAGGUGAUGCUGUGGAGGAAACCCUUGAGCAAAAUUGUGGGAAUGAAAAUGUUGUAGCUGUAAGUGGUGGAGAUACAUCUUCUAAGAAGCGGAGGCCAGUCAGUAGGCGGAAGAAGGCCUUAGUGGACGAUAAAGAUGGAGGAGAAGCCUCAAAGAAGCAGCCUGAGCCUUCUGUGGGUAUUCUGGUUUCUGAUAAGAUUGUUACUGGUUUGGAUGAAACUGAUGAGAAGAAAGAAAACCUUGAGGAAAAUAGCAGGAAAGAAAUUGUUGUAGCUGUAAAUAAAGGAGAUACAUCUUCUAAGAAGCGGCGGAGAGUCAGUAGAAAGAAAAAGGACGUAGUUGAGAGUAAAGAUGGAGUUGAAACCUCAAAGAAGGUUUCUGAAGAGUCUAUUGGUGUUUCGGUUUCUGAUAAGAUUGUUGCUGGUUUUGAUAAAGCUGUUAAGGAGGAGGAACAUCCUGAGAAAAAUGGUAGGAAGGAAAAUGUUGCUGCUGUAAACACUGGUGAUGCAUCGUCUAAAAAGAGGAGGAAUAGAAAGAGAAAGGACUUAGUGGAUGCUAAAGAUGGAGGAGAAUCCACAAAGCAGGCUAAAUCUUCUGUGGAUAUUUCAGUUUCAGAUAAGAUUGUUGCUGAUGUUGAUGGAGAUGAUGGUGUGGCAAACCUCAAGAAAAGUGGUGGAGAAGAGAGUGAUGUAGCUGUUCAGAGCGGGGAUACAUCUUCUAAGAGGCGAAGGAUUAACAGUAAGAAGAAGAAGGACUUGGGAGAUGGUAAAGAUGUUGGGGAAGCUUUAAAGAAGAAGUUGGAGCCUUCAGUGGGUAGUUCUGUUUCACAAAAGGCUGUUGCUGCUGAUUUUGAUAAAGACAAUGAUGAGGGAAGCCUCAAGCCAGAUAGCGGAAAAGAAAGUGUUGGAGCUAUACACAGUGGGGAUACAUCUUCUAAGAAGCGGCGAGUCAACAGUAGGAAGAAAAAGGACUUGACAGAUGCUAAAGAUGGCCCGGAAGCCUCAAAAAAAUCGGAGCUUUCUGCCAGUCUUUCUGUUUCAGAUAAGGCUAUUGCCGGUUUCGAUGAAGAGGAUGCUGAUGAGCCAAACCUCAAGAAAAUUGGUCGGAAGAAAAAUGUUGCAGCUGUGAAUAGCAGAGGUACAUCUUCUAAGAAGCGGCAGGCCAACAGUGGGAAGAAAAAGGAUUUACCGAUUGGAAAAGAUGGAGGGGAAGCCUCAAGGAAGAAAUCUGAGCCUUCUGUUGGAAUUUCUAUUUCAGAUAAGGUCGUUUCAGAUUUUGAUGAAGAUGACGAUGAUGAGGAAAACCUUGAACAAAAUGCAGCGAGGAUGCUCUCAUCUCGAUUUGAUCCAAGCUGCACAGGUUUCCCAUCAAAAAGAAAAGUUUCUGCAUCUCAGAAGGCUAUUGAAUCCCCUGUUCGAGAAUCAUCUACACUGGACUCAUUAAGCCAACAGGCUAAUUCAUCUGGUGGUGUGGAUGUUGCACCUGUUGGUGAUGAUAGCAAAGCUGAUGAUCAAAGCAGAGCCCUUAGACCAAGAAAAGAAGAUAAAGGCAAGGGGGAGCCGAGGAAACGACGCCAUUUCUAUGAUGUUCCUGCCAAGGAUUUGGAGCCAAACUGGGUUUUAGGCCUUAAGAUUAAAGUCUUCUGGCCAUUGGAUGAAAGCUGGUAUUUUGGCCAGGUGGAUGAUUAUCAUCCGGAAUGUAGGCUUUACCAUGUAAAGUAUGAUGAUCGAGAUGAGGAAUGGAUCGAUCUUAAUGAAGAGAGAUUCAAACUCUUGCUUUUCCCAAGUGAGGUUCCUGGCCGAGACAAAUCCAGGAAGUCUUCUAAAGCUCCGAAAGAUGUGCAUAAAGUAGAAACAGUUCAACCUGCAGAGGAUGAUAACGACAUCGAGGCUGAUGAUUCUGAGCCUAUUGCAUCAUGGCUUGCUCGGUCAUCUCAGCGUUGUAAAUCUUUGGCUAAAUCGCUGAAGACACGAGGUACUUCUUCUGGUAUUGAAACUGUUCCCCAAAGGUCGUCUGAGGACACUGACCACCUACGUAGCAAAGUAACUGAUCCAAAAGGAAGAUUCGAAGCAGAUUGUGAAUCUACAUCUGCUAGUAAAGUUAUUAAAUCUGUGGCGGCAACUUCGAUCGUUUAUGCCAGGAAAAGGAGUCAAGCCAGCAGUGAAGGAAAUGGUUCUGUGUCGAGAUAUGUCCAAGCAUAUGGAAGUGCUUCAGGGACUUCCGAUCCUGUUGAUGUUAUUUCAAUUAGCCUUCCGGCUGAAGAAAACGUUGAUUCAGAGAAGCAAGUAUGGUCAGUUGACCGUCGCGGAAGGUCUCAUUUAAAUUUUAAGUUGGUGGAGUCCAGCAAAUUGAAGUUCUGGAUACAGCUACCUUCAUUGCCAAACUGGGAAUUUUCUGUUCGAACUUCUUGUUCUCCCUUAUUUAACGACAUAUUCAUGGCACAACAUGGGGUGCUACUGCCCACCUCUCCUUCGGUGGUGCUGGAGAUGAUUUUCAUUGAUAGCGACCGUGGAUUGAACUUUUUCUUGUUUGAAGGUUCCAUGAAGCAAGCUCUGCUUUCUGUCUUUGAAAUUCUGAUAUUUUUUGGUCAGGCAGGUGAAAUCAUGGACCAUGACAUGCAAUCACCUGUAACCUCAAUAAGGUUCAGAUUCUCUGGUGUUCCAGAUUUCAGAAAGCGCCAUGUAUUUCAGCUUCAUAGUUUCUCCAGAUAUGGGAAUUCGAAGUGGGUUGGCCUGGACUCUAAGCUUCUGCAACAUUCCCUUCUCCUUAAACGAUUACCAGCCUCGGAAUGCACAUAUGAUAACAUAAAGGAGCUCGAAGAUUGGAGUUUAAAGCAAUGGGAACCUCCUGUUGGUUUGCGACUCUCCUCAUAUACGUGUCUUAACAAGGGGAUUUUGCCUAGCACAUCCAGGGAAGCAUAUACUACCAGAACUAGUCAAUCGGCUUCCUAUUUCUCUCAAAAACAUGGACAAGUUCCUCCAUAUGUUAUUCUUUCUUCCGCAGCACCAAACUUCCUUCUCACUCAGCAUCUUCAGGUGCUCAUUGGAAACAGCUCUGCAAAGCACCCUUGUCAGGUCAAUUUGCAUGAGGAGAAUGCAGAAUCUCUUCCAGCUGCACCCAUCCCAUCACAAGCUUCUGAUCACGGAAGUGAUUCCAGAUCUGAUCAGAUGAUUGUUGAUGUUUCAUCUGCUGAUCAAGUUGGUGUACCACACAAUGCAAAGGAACCCAUAUCCAAGAAGGCUUCUGAUGUUGCUAGGAGUGUCAGUGAAGGCUUUGAUAAAACCCCCACUCCAAUUGGAACUAGGUCCUCUUUGCAAGGAGGUAAAAAUAGAAAGGUCUCUACUACUCCUGCAGAUCACUAUCCAAAGUGGACUGAUGCAACUCCUAAAUUCAUGCGUCGUGGAUUUAGCAGUGGCCCGAAGAAGCCAAGGACACUUGUUGAGUAUCAUAAAUUGCCUGGUGCCGAUCAUGAUGUCAGUUUAAAACAAAAAACACAAAACCAGAGAUCUGUACCUGGUAAACGGAUUAAGAGAGAUGGCCUGAAGAGAGUAUCUGAUGCUACCAGUGGUAACAGGAGGAAUUUUGAUUUGGUGAUUUGUUAUGCAAAUGUCCUGGUCACACGGGGUGACCGGGGAUGGAGAGAAUCUGGGGCGCUCAUUGGCCUGGAAGUUGCUGAUCACAAUGAGUGGAGACUUGCUGUCAAGCUCCCUGGCAGCACAAAGUAUUUAUAUAAAGUUAAUCAUAUUUUGCAGCCUGGGUCAACUAAUCGGUACUCACAUGCUGUGCUGUGGAAAGGGGGAAAAGACUGGGUACUUGAGUUUACUGACAGGAGCCAGUGGAAUCUUUUCAAGGAGAUGCAUGAGGAGUGUUACAACCGCAAUGUCCGUGCUGCUUCUGUGAAGAAUAUUCCUAUCCCUGGUGUUCAGCCGAUCGAGGAUUUUGAUGAUUAUGGAAUUGAAGCUCCAUUUGUUCGGAAUCCUAUGAAAUAUAUUAGACAGCUUCAAAAUGAUGUUGAGAUGGCAAUGGAUCCCUCACAUGUUUUAUAUGACUUGGAUAGUGAUGACGAACAGUGGUUGAUGUCAAACCAAGAAUGCGUUGAUGAAAAUGGAUUUGAAGUGAUAACUGAUGAUUUUCUCGAGAAGAUGAUGGACAUAUUUGAAAAGGCUUCAUAUGUUAAGCACCGGGAUAACUUCACCAAGGAUGAACUUCAAGAGCUCGUCGCUGGACUGGGGUCGUUGGAAGCUGCUAAGCUUAUAUAUGGACACUGGUGUGACAGGAGGGGAAGAAAGGGUAUGCCUCUAAUCAGAUAUUUACAGCCUCCUCUUUGGGAGAAGUACCAACAACAGAUGAAGGAGUGGGAGAGUUCUGUUGGCCGGGGUAAUCUCGCCGUAACUACUGCUGGUAUUCCAGGUAAGGCUCCUGUCCCCGAAAAACCAGCCAUGUUUGCUUUCUGCUUAAAGCCACGAGGCUUGGAAAUUCGCAACAAGAGCUUCAAGCAACGGUCUAACCGGAAAUAUCCUGUAUCUGCUGCACACCUCCAUCCUGGUUCUGGAAAUCACGGCAAUUUUUACAUUUACGGGAGAAGAUCAAAUGCCAAUACUUACGAUGGCAAGAAGGCCUUGUAUAGAACUGGCAUGCAUGAACCUUCCGACAUUUCACCUCUUCCACCUUCGGUGAGGUUGCUGUCUCCCCGGGAUGCUCAUUUCACGCUGAGUGCCGCCGUAUCUGUAGCGAGCCCCAGCCCAAGGGUUUACAGGGCCAAAAGGAGGAAGCACGGCCGGCAUCCCGCUACUGAUGUCCAGCAGACGUCAUCUAGCAGGCGGAAGAAAGGACGAAAAGGUGGAGCUAACAUGGGCUUACCCGACUCAGCCAGUCCGAUGGACUUAUAUACCGAAAGGCCAGGCUUUGAGAACAUGAUCAACCCAGAUAAUCUUAACGAGUGCCGCCUACGUGAUGCAUCAGCUGCAGCGCGUUACGCACAAGAGGUGGCUAAGCACAAGCGUCACAAGGCUCAAAUAAUGUUCGAGCAGGCUGAUAUUGCUUUACAGAGAGCCACAGCUGUAAUGUUGACUGCUGAUGCAAUCAAAUUUGCAACCGAUAGCGCAAAUGGAGACAGUUAGAUAGUCAGUAUGCCCGUACCCAUGCCCUUUAUGACUUUCGGGAAAAAAAACAAGUAAAGAAAAAAGAAAAUUGUGAUUUCAGUCCUCAGGAAGAUUCAAAAUUCUAAACUCAAGCUACCUACCUACCUUGGUUUUGCAUGUUUAUGCAUGGAGAUUGGACCUCAUUUUAAUCUUUGUGCAUAUAUAUAUAUAUUAUAGAUAGAUUGAUGGA